CCGGAACAUUUGACUCACGUAUAACACCUAUAGCAACACAGCGAUGAGAAGGUAGCGCCCAAACACCUCUCAAGCUCAUAUUCCACUUCUCUCGCAUUCCGGGUCGGCCAGCCGGUCUUAGGACCUUUCCCCAUAUUUUUGGAAGACCCCACUACAGGUCAUACCAGCACCAUGGCGAGCAACGCUCAACCCACCAAAGUGCCCAUCCUUGGGAAAGAGUCAAUUGUCGUCGACUACGGACUAUGGCAGAACUACGUAGCACAUGAUCUGCUAACUUCGAUUCCUUCCUCAACCUACGUUCUCAUUACCGACACCAACAUUGGGCCGCUCUACAUACCCACCUUCGAAAAGAGCUUCAAGAAGGAAGCUUCGAACCUCAAAGAGCCUCCACGACUUCUUACGUACACAAUCCCGCCGGGCGAGAACUCGAAAUCGCGGACUACAAAGGGGGUGGUGGAGGACUGGCUGCUGUCGCAAGGAUGCACGCGAGACACGGUCAUCAUUGCGCUGGGCGGAGGUGUCAUUGGAGAUAUGAUAGGUUUUGUCGCGGCCACAUAUAUGAGAGGAGUCAGGUUCGUCCAGGUGCCUACGACGCUUCUAUCAAUGGUGGAUUCGUCCAUAGGUGGCAAGACGGCUAUUGACACCCCCGCGGGCAAGAACCUGGUGGGCGCAUUCUGGCAACCGGAGCGGAUAUACAUUGACCUCAAGUUUCUGGAGUCGCUGCCAAAGCGCGAGGUCAUCAAUGGCAUGGCCGAGGUGAUCAAGACCGCAGCCAUCUGGAACGAAGAGGAGUUCACCGCUUUGGAAGGCAACGCCGAAAGGAUCCUCGAAGCCAUCGAACAGAAGCCGGUGAAUGGGCGGCGGAAUCUGGACGGCAUCGCAUCGAUCUUGAAGCGCAUAGUCCUAGGCUCUGUACGCGUCAAGGCUGAGGUGGUCUCCGCAGACGAGCGCGAGGGCGGUCUCCGGAACCUUUUGAACUUUGGGCACUCGAUCGGACAUGCUAUGGAGGCUAUCCUUACUCCUCAGAUUCUCCACGGCGAGUGCGUCGCUAUCGGAAUGGUCAAAGAGGCUGAGCUCGCAAGAUACCUGGGCGUUCUGGAUCCGUCUGCAGUUGCGCGUCUGACGAAGUGCAUUGCAAGCUAUGGGUUGCCGACGUCACUCGCGGAUAAGGUUGUGAGAAAAAGAUCGGCCAACAAGCACUGCCCCGUGGACGAACUCAUAUCGAUCAUGGCCGUCGACAAGAAGAACGCAGGAAAGCAAAAGAAGAUUGUGCUGAUCUCUGGUAUUGGUAGGACAUACGAGAAGAAGGCUAGCUCCGUCGCCGACCGUGACAUCAAGAUCAUCCUCUCGCCGAGUAUCAAAGUCCAUCCAGGAAUCCCGUCCGAUUCGAAUGUCAUUUGCACGCCUCCUGGCUCCAAGAGCAUUUCAAAUCGCGUCCUGGUUCUCGCGGCGCUCGGCACAGGCUCCUGCAGAAUCACCAAUCUCCUCCAUUCGGACGACACCCAGGUCAUGCUGGAUGCUCUCUCCAAGAUGCAGGGCGCUCAGUUCGCCUGGGAAAACGACGGAAAGGAGCUCGUGGUCACUGGAAAUGGAGGAAACCUGAAAGCUACCGAUACCGAGCUCUAUCUGGGCAAUGCUGGCACUGCAUCCCGUUUCUUGACCUCUGUAGCAACAAUCGCCCAGCCGCAAGGAUCCAUCACGUCUACCGUUCUCACCGGAAAUGCCAGAAUGAAGGAGCGCCCUAUCGGACCUCUCGUGAAAUCACUCCGCUCGAUGGGCGUCGAGGUUCACUACAACGAGAGAGAGGGCAGUCUCCCGCUGCGUAUCUCUGCUUGCGGAGGCUUCGGUGCCACCUCAGGUGACAAAGCUUUCUCGGGCGAGAUUGAGCUGGCAGCAACGGUGUCGUCGCAGUAUGUCUCUUCCAUUCUCAUGGCUGCGCCGUACUCCAAGAAGCCGGUUACGCUCCGUCUAGUGGGAGGGAAGCCCAUCUCUCAGCCGUACAUCGACAUGACGAUUGCGAUGAUGGCGGCGUUCGGCGUUCAGGUGGAGAAAUCGCAGACUGAGCCUAACACGUACCAUAUCCCGAGCAAGCCCUAUACUAACCCCGCGGAGUAUGUUGUUGAGAGCGAUGCUAGCUCUGCCACUUAUCCGCUUGCCAUCGCUGCUAUUACCGGGACCACCUGCACGGUGCCUAACAUCGGCUCCGCUUCCCUUCAGGGCGAUGCUCGCUUUGCCGUGGAGGUUCUCCGUCCCAUGGGCUGCAGGGUGGAGCAGACUGAAACGUCCACCACAGUCACAGGUCCUCCAAGAGGUCAAUUGAAGGCUGUCAAGGAGAUUGACAUGGAGCCUAUGACGGAUGCUUUUCUCACCGCUUCGGUGUUGGCUGCAGUGGCGUCGUCGAAUGGGGAAACAUCGACGACGAAGAUUUAUGGCAUUGCCAACCAAAGAGUCAAGGAAUGCAACCGCAUCCAGGCGAUGGAGGAUGAGCUCGCCAAGUUCGGCGUCGUUUGCCGACAAUUCGACGAUGGCAUCGAGGUGGACGGGCGCGCGUACCAGCUCGAUCCUGCCAAGGAAGGCAUCCAUUGUUAUGAUGACCACAGGGUUGCCAUGAGCUUCGGCGUCCUAAGUCUUGUUGCGCCCAGCCCCGUGCUGAUCCUGGAGAAGGACUGCACGGGAAAGACCUGGCCUGGAUACUGGGACAUUCUCAAUCAGCUCUUCAAGGCGCAACUGGAAGGCGUGGAGCCACCGCGUGUUUCCAGGGAGAGCCAUCACGGUCUAAAAGCGAACGACAAGUCCAUCAUCAUCAUUGGCAUGCGAGGCGCUGGCAAGACUACCACUGGUGGCUGGGCGUCACGGAUUCUCGGAUGGCCUCUGGUCGAUUUGGACACUGCGCUGGAGGAAUAUGUUGGUGUUUCAAUUCCGGAACUCAUCAAGGAGCGAGGUUGGGAUGGCUUCCGUGAUGAAGAGGUCAAAUUGCUGCAUAGGGUCAUCAAGGAGAAGCCCACUGGCCAUGUCUUCGCGUGCGGUGGUGGCAUCGUUGAACUUCCCGAGGCGCGUAAGGUCCUCCGUGAUUACCAAAAGAAUGGUGGAAUUGUUCUGCUGGUCACUCGCGACAUUGAGAAGGUCAUGAGUUUCCUCCAGGUCGACAAGACGCGCCCCGCUUACGUUGAGGAUAUGAUGGGCGUAUGGCUGAGACGAAAACCAUGGUACUUGGAGUGCAGCAACUACCACUUCCACAGCCAGACUGUUGAUUCCGCUGGCCUUGCCAACACACUGGAGGACUUCGCGAGAUUUUUGAGACUGAUCUCCGGAAAGGGCGAGGCGCUUCAGAAGUUGAGGAAGAAGAAGCAGUCGUUCUUUGUCUGUCUCUCAGCUCCUCAGAUCGCGCCAUGGGUUGAGACUCUGCCCAAGAUCGUUGUCGGUGCUGACGCUGUAGAACUGCGGGUGGAUUUGCUGGAAGAUCCCAACUCAAAAGAGGGCAUGCCGUCGCCGGAGUUCCUCGUCGAUCAGUUGGCAUUGUUGCGUACAGUUACCACUAUCCCCCUCAUAUUCACACUGAGAACAAAGUCACAAGGCGGUAAAUUCCCAGACGACGCAUAUGCCGAAGCACAACAGCUCUACCGCACUGCCUUGAGGUUAGGUGUGGAGUUCUUGGACCUCGAAAUGACCAUGCCAGAAGAAAUUCUCCGCGAGGUGUCUGAAAACCGGGGUUUCACGAAUAUCAUUGCUUCACAUCACGAUCCGCAAGGUCAACUGUCGUGGAGUAACGGAUCCUGGAUUCCGUUCUACAACAGGGCUCUACAAUACGGCAACGUAAUCAAGCUGGUCGGCACCGCGAAGAAGCUGCAAGACAACUUUGCUCUUGCGGAGUUCAAGGCCUGGGCCGAGAGCUCGCACCCCAUCCCUAUAAUCGCCAUCAAUAUGGGAGAACAUGGCAAGCUGAGCAGGAUAUUGAACAACUUCAUGACGCCUGUAUCGCACCCCAUUCUGCCUUCAGCAACGGCUCCUGGCCAACUCUCUGCCACCGAUAUCCGUCGAGGAUUGUCCUUGAUCGGUGAAAUACAACCGAAGAAAUUCUAUAUAUUCGGGUCUCCAGUACAGCAGAGUCGCUCACCCGCUAUGCACAACACUCUCUUCCGUGAGACCGGCCUACCCCAUUCCUACGGCAUCUUCGAGACGGCCGAUGUCAAUGACGUGAAGGACCUCAUCCGCUCUGGAGACUUCGGUGGGGCAUCUGUCACGAUACCUCUGAAACAAGACAUUCGUCCACUGCUUGACAGCGUAGGCCCGGAAGUCGAUGCCAUCGGUGCCAUCAAUACCAUCGUUCCGGUAACCAAUACGGACGAGAACGGUAACACCACAACCGAGCUCGUCGGCCGCAACACUGACUACCUCGGCAUGGUCCUUGUCCUCCGCAACAUGGGUGCCCAAGGCAGCGCGGGCCUCCAAAGCGGUCUCGUCAUCGGCGGCGGCGGGACCUCCCGCGCGGCCAUCUACGCCCUGCACGAGAUGGAAUACUCACCAAUCUACCUCCUCGGACGCACCCGGUCCAAACUAGAGAAACUCGUCCAAGAUUUCCCUCAAAGCUACGACAUCCGCAUUAUCCCAGACGUCGAGUACCUCUCCACACUUGACAAGAUCCCCACGGUCGCCAUUGGCACUAUCCCCGCCGACCAGCCCAUCGACCCGUCCAUACGCGAGACCCUUUGCGCGCUUUUCGCCAAGUCCAAGAGCGAGGACGAACAGCCCAAGGCAGAUGCUCCCAUUGGGACUUUGCCGCCUGGCGGAAAGCGUAUUCUGCUAGAGAUGGCAUAUAAGCCCUCUGUGACGAGCUUGAUUCAGCUGGCGCAGGAUAGUGGCUGGGAGACUGUGAGUGGGCUCGAGGUGCUGGUUGGGCAGGGGGUGAAGCAGUUUGAGUAUUGGACGGGGAUCAAGCCGCUUUAUGAGGUUGCUAGGGAUGCUGUUAUGGCUGGAUAGCUGUUGGGUAUUUCUCGGGUUCGAGAGGGAAGGGAGGAUUGUGGAAUGGGCCGGCUAAAUCAUGUUUCGUAGGGGAUAUUUUGGAGUUGCAGAAAUGUGAAUGCAAAGUUGUGUG